CGGGCGCUCUGUCUGCCAGCUGCCGCUGUGCUAGUUUCCAGUGCACACGCACACGCGCACAAUUCAUAUCCGGGGGUUGAAGAGCGGCGCCACGAUCUGUUAAAAAGGAUCGUAAUUCAGUCGGAUUUGGAGGCGCCGAGUACACAAGGGAGCUCCUCCCGGUUUCGCUAGGGGGGAGGACCGGAGGAGAGCAUUGCCGCGCGAGAUGGCGAGGAGGAGGAGGGGAGGCGGUGGCGGGACGGUGGGCGCGCCAUGGCUGGUGCUGCUGCUCCUGGGAUGCUGCGGCGGCGGCAUUUGGCCACGCGGACGGAUCUUCGCUGCUGCCGACACGGACCCCAGCGAUCUUAAUGUCCUCAAUACACUCUUUACUAGUCUGAAUUCUCCUGGGCAGCUCAAUGGUUGGCAGGCAAAUGGUGGUGAUCCUUGUGGCCAGUCAUGGAAGGGCAUCACUUGCUCAGGAUCAGGGGUCACUAAAAUCCUAUUGUCGAACUUGGGACUCUCCGGAAAUUUGGCCUACAACAUGAAUAACUUGGGUUCAUUAGUUGAGCUUGACAUGAGCCAAAACAGUCUUGGUGGUGGGAGCCAAAUACAGUACAAUCUUCCCUAUAUGAAGCUUGAGAGACUCAAUCUUGCAGGAAAUCAGUUUGGUGGAAAUUUACCCUACUCGAUUUCGACAAUGACUAAUCUUAAGUAUUUAAACCUUAACCAUAACCAAUUACAAGGAAACAUCAGCGAUGUAUUUUCCAGCCUUUAUAGUUUGACAGAUGUGGAUCUCUCCUUUAAUUCUCUUACGGGUGAUCUUCCACAAAGUUUCACUGGAUUGUCAAGCCUGAAACAUUUGUAUGAAAGGAUGCCUGUGCAUUUAUUUUCAUCUCCUAUACACAUCUCAUUAGAACUUUUUUGCAUUAACCCAUUCCUUUUUUUUCUCAGAUAUUUGCAGAACAAUCAAUUUACUGGUUAUAUCAAUGUCCUAGCGAAUCUCCCCCUUGAAGCUCUGAAUGUUGCGAACAACCGUUUCACUGGUUGGAUUCCUAGUCAACUUAAGAAGAUAAACAGUAUACAGACUGACGGAAAUUCUUGGAGCACAGGACCAGCGCCACCGCCACCUCCAUAUACAGCGCCGCCUCCUCCGAACCGUAGGAACAGCCCAGAUGGUUCAUCAAGUUCUGGUGGAAAAUCUGGGAUAGGUGGUGGAGGUGUGGCUGGAAUUAUCAUAUCAUUGCUGGUUGUUGGAGCAGUUGUUGCGUUCUUUCUAAUAAAAAGAAGAAAACGCAAAGCUGCUAAGGCAGAACACUAUGAACAGCACCAGCCAUUCACUUCCUUUCCCUCAAACGAAAUUAAAGACAUGAAGCCUAUUGAUGAGUCUACCACAGUAGACAUAGAGUCUUUGGCUUCACCUGCUUCCAUUAGUCUGAAACCGCCCCCGAAGAUAGAACGCCACAAAUCGUUUGAUGAUGAUGAUUUUUCAAACAGGCCUGUUGCAAAGAAAAGCAAUAUAACACCUAUAAAGGCGACUGUUUAUUCAGUUGCAGAUCUACAGGUGGCAACAGACAGCUUCAGCUUCGACAACCUUGUUGGAGAGGGUACUUUUGGACGUGUUUACAGGGCACAGUUCAAUGAUGGAAAGGUUCUGGCCAUCAAGAAAUUAGACAGCACUGUGAUGCCAUUCCAAUCAUCUGAUGACUUUGCUGAACUGGUCUCUAAUAUCUCAAAAUUGCACCAUCCAAAUCUAAAUGAGCUUGUGGGCUAUUGUAUGGAACACGGGCAACACUUGCUUGUGUAUGAUUUCCACAGGAAUGGAUCGCUUCAUGAUCUACUUCACCUUUCAGACGAUUACAGCAAGCCACUUAGUUGGAAUUCUCGUGUCAAGAUCGCACUCGGCUCUGCCCGUGCACUAGAGUAUCUUCAUGAAAUAUGUUCUCCAUCCAUCAUCCAUAAGAAUUUCAAGUCAUCAAACAUUUUGCUGGACUCGGAAUUCAAUCCACAUGUUUCAGAUGCUGGACUUGCAAGCUUUAUUCCUGAUGCUGAAUUCCAGGCAGCAGAACAAAGUGCGGGAUACACUGCCCCAGAGGUGGACAUGACCGGUCAGUACACCCUCAAAAGUGAUGUCUACAGCUUUGGAGUUGUCAUGCUUGAGCUAUUGACGGGACGGAGACCAUUUGACAGCUCUAGACCCAGGUCAGAGCAGUCACUUGUGCGGUGGGCGACCCCCCAGCUGCAUGACAUUGACGCGUUGGACAGGAUGGUUGAUCCUGCACUCAAGGGUCUAUACCCAGCCAAAUCUCUAUCUCGAUUUGCUGAUGUGCUCGCACUAUGUGUCCAGCCUGAACCUGAAUUCAGGCCACCAAUGUCAGAGGUGGUGCAAGCACUGGUUCGACUUGUGCAGAGGGCAAACAUGACAAAGAGAAUGCUCGAUGGAGAUACUUCUCGCCGACCAGAUGACCAAGACCAAGAUUUCAUAUGAUGGAAGAAGAACCCGAUCCUUUCUGUUACAUCUCAGGUUGUAUUUAUUCCAUUCGACUAGUGCCAGAAGAGAGAUAAGUGGAAGAAGAAAACAGAGGAGUUUGUCAGCUUCGCCAGUACAUAAUCACAGGUUUUUCUUGGUAACAAAGGAGUUGUGUUCUAUGGUUGAUGGUUGUAUUGUGUCAAGAAAAACAGUACCUUGAUCUUAGAUUAAUGCAUUCUAUUGUAUUCUUUGGCUAGAUUAUAUUCAAAUGCACCUGAUAAACAGAACUAUGGUGUCAAGUUCUCUGAAUGUUAAAAUAAUCAAGUACUCUCAGUACUGCUGCA